UCUACAACUUGCGGCUAGUUCGGCAGUUUUCAAAAUCUGAAAACUUUGAAAUUUGGCCCAUUCUCAAAUUCUAAUUUUUGGUUAUUUAUUGUUGUUUCUGAACUUGCCAAGCUCUGAUACUUUUUGGCAAUUUCUGAUUGUUUGUCAAUUUCAGCAAUUUUCAAAUUCUAAUUUUUUGGUUAUUUUUCGUUGUUUCUGAACUUGACAAUCUCUGCAACUUUUUGGCAUUUUCUGGUUUUUUGUCAAUUUCAGCAAUUUUCAAAAUCUACAUUUUUGGUUAUUUUGCCAAUUUACAAAAAAGUACUUUUUUGUCUCCUUACAAUUUGGCAUACGCCAUGUCUCCUAACACAAUAUACAAGAUUUCCCAGUUGAACUAUAUGCGUAAAUUUCAAACACUAAUUGUUAGCCGACUAAAAACAGGCAGGCAUGAGGCGAGCAUCCCUAUCAAGGUAGUCCUAGUCUCAAGGCACAUAAAAUAACCGUAGUUUGUGCCCUAACUGUAUUUAUUAUGAUCCUCACGUUUCUUCAUCCGACAACGAUCAACAGCGCAUUCGUAUGUCCUUUAGAUGUAUUCGCAAUUUUCUAUCGUCUAUAUGCAAUUCAGUAGAAUAAUAUACAGUCUCUGACCAAUGGGUGGGAGAUCUUUGAUACGUUCAAAUUUUUGAAUUAUAUUGCCUCUAGUGGCUUUCAUAAUCAUUUUUUUCGAAAUUUAUUUUUAAUUUUAUUAAAAGUAUCGUCUGUGUUUUUUUCCUAAAAACAUAACUGUAAGAAAAAUUUAUCGCAUAUAAUAGUAUUCAUAGUAGAUAAUAGCCAAAAAAUCCCAUCUUCAAAUACUUUAUUUGCAGAACCAAUGUUGGAGUACGACCAGGUAGAGCUGCCAAGCUGUAGUUCCGCUUCAGCAACAUCAAGCCCCGCUCUGGAAAGCUUCAUUGAGCAGAAGCCUCCAAAAACCAAAUCCCUGAGAAAAUCUGGAAAACCCUAUCAAUUUGUGCCAAGUGCGUGUCAAGUUUGUUAUGGAAAGGCUACUGGACAUCAUUAUGAUGUGGCUUCUUGUAACGGAUGCAAAUCGUUUUUUCGAAGAGUGACUAUAGAAAAACUAAAAUACAGAUGUUCUGCUGGUAAUGCAUGUUAUACAAAUUUUGGACCCGGUGACCCAGUUCCAAAAUGUCGAGCAUGCCGGUACAAAAGAUGCUUAGAAGCCGGUAUGAACGCUCUUGGAAUCCAAUCUGAACUCCGAAAACAUAGUGAAAAUCAACCGCUCGAAGAAAAUAGCUCGGAGUUUGGAAAGGAAAUAGUUGUUCUGCCAAGGAUAAAAGAGCCUCCAAAGUCGAUUGAAGCUCAAGUAACAGAUCUCAUCAAUCACCUAAUGCAUCUCGAUUUGAAAAUUACAACAUUUCGGGAUUGUACUUAUAAUCCAAUGAGCUUUCCUACUUUGAAGCAGGCUAUUAAAAAUGAAGUUUCAAUUAUUGGACUCGGCGAUCGAUUAGGGCCAAUGCCCGGUUGGCCGCUGAGCCCGGAGACGAUAGAAGCAUCCAGAAAACCAAAUCCUAAUCCCGGAUCGCCAAGAAUUUUACCGCCAAAUGUAAAGAAGUGGUUUAGUUAUGAUCUACUCACAGUGGUGGAAAUGGCGAAGACAUUUGAUUUUUUCAAGAAACUUUCAGAGAAUGAUAGGUUUUUUCUAUGCCGAGACACCAGUCUAAUGGUAUCGAAUCUUAUGCGGGCCUAUUUUUCGGUGGAAAACAAGACCGAUAAAUUUAUCAGAGCAGAUGGGCAAACCUUCGUACCCCCGCCAAAGUGGAUUCCCAAAGAGUAUAUGGAUAAUUUGUCAAGUGAUAUCAUGAUGCGAGCAAUUAAAACUCUGAUCCGCCUGGCGUGUACAAAAGUUGAAUAUCUUUUUCUUAGAGCUAUUUUGUUGUGCAAUUCAGCAGCUCCCGACAUCUCAGCUUCCGGCCGAAACAUACUUUCUACAGAACGGGCCAAGUACACGGUAGCCCUUCUCAACUACACAAUGACGCAUCACGGCGCUGCGGGACCCGGGCGUUUUGCUGAAAUUCUUAAUGUUAUUGAUGUUCUGGAACGACAGCAGAAGGACCAGAGAGAUGUUAACGUUUAUAUUACGUUGUACCGUCCGAAACAUGUAAAGCUAGCGUUGUUUGAUGAUAUUAUGUUAACAUGUUAGAGCUGGAUCUUUUAUGGGUAAAGCCUAGGCGUAGGUAGCCUUGAAGGCAGGCAGGCCUACAGGAUUUUUGAUGGGUAUAAUUUGUUGGCUUUAAGUUUUUUUCUUACUGUUUUUGUUACAAAUAAAUAUGUUCUCUGAA